AUGGCGGAGGCUGUUGUCGGCCUGCUGAUUGGCAAGCUUGGUGCGGCGUUGGCAGCCGAGGCAGCAGCCUUUGGUGUGUCAGUGGUCUUCAAGGAAGCAUCUGCUCUCAGGGGUCUCUUCGGCGAGAUCCGUGAAGCCAAGGAGGAACUGGAGAGCAUGCAAGCCUAUCUGCAAGGGGCGGAGCGGUUCAAGGAUACUGAUGAGACCACCGGUGUAUUUAUCAAGAGGAUCAGGGGAUUAGCUUUUGAAAUGGAGGAUGUUAUCGACGAGUUCACAUACAAGCUGGAAGACAGGCAUGGAGGGUUUGCUGCAAAGAUGAAAAAGAGGAUUAAGCAUGUGGACAUCUGGUGUCGUUUGGCACUCAAGCUGCAAGGCAUCAGAGGCAGGCUUCGACACGCUAAGCAGAUGAAGAAGGAUUACAUGUUAACAGAAAUGGAAAGGUACAACGGAGCCAGUCUUACUCAUGCAAAACCAGCCACUCAAGCUUUCGGUUUCACAAGGGAAGAUGACCUCGUGGGGGUCGAGGAGAACAGGGAGAAGAUGAUACAGUGGCUCACAGGUGAUCUGGAGGAACAGAGAAGCAGAAUCUCCACCGUUUGGGGGAUGCCGGGUGUUGGUAAAACCACUCUAGUUUCUCAUGUGUACAAUGCAGUCAAAGUGGAAUUUGAUGCCACAGCAUGGAUAACAGUGUCAAAGAGUUUUAGUUUUGAAAAUUUGCUGAAGAAGAUUGCUCGAGAGUUUGGCAUCCCGGUUGAUAUUGCCAACGUAGAGAUGAGAAGCCUAGGCAAGGCCAUACACAAUUACCUCCGAGGUAAAAGCUACAUCUUGAUCCUGGAUGAUGUUUGGACUGCUGAUGUGUGGACGGAGAUAAGGAAUCUCUUUCCAACUGAUAGUAUUGGCCGAUAUGUUAUCACGUCAAGGAACCAUGAAGUAUCACUGUUGGCAACUGGAAAUGGUGCAAUUCACUUGGAACCACUACAGGCGCAUCACUCUUGGUUGUUAUUCUGCAGAGAAGCUUUUUGGAAUGACACUGUGAAAGAGUGCCCAAUAGAGUUACGGAAUUUGGCUGAGAGGUUUAUAAAGAAAUGUAAUGGUUUGCCUAUUGCUAUUGCGUGCAUAGGCCGCCUACUGUCUCGGAAACAUCCAAUUCCUACUGAAUGGGGAAAUGUGUACAUGGAGUUAGAAUUGCACUCGGUGAAAAAUGUGAUGCCUGAUGUUGACAUGGUUCUGAAAGUCAGUUUGGAGGACCUCCCAUAUGAUUUGAAGAAUUGCUUCUUGCAUUGUGCAUUAUUCCCAGAAGAUUACUCAAUAAAGAGGAGGAGAAUAAUGAGGCACUGGAUUGCUGCUGGAUUGGUCAAAGAAAAGGAGAACAAAACAUUAGAGGAAGUGGCAGAGGGAUACCUGAAUGAGCUUGUAAACCGAAGCUUACUGCAGGUGGUGGAGAGGAAUUACAUGGGACGGUUGAAAUGUUGUCGAGUGCAUGAUGUCAUACGUCUUCUUGCCCUCAAUAAAGCUGGGGAAGAAUGCUUUGGCAGAGUAUACGAUGGCUCCAGAACAUUCUCCGGAGAGCACCCACGUCGCAUAUCAAUCCAUAGUGAAAACCUUGACCAAUUGAGUCGAUCGGGUUUAACACAUCUUCGCGCAAUUCAUGUUUUUAAUAGGUAUAUCAAUACUGAUUGGUUGAGGCCCAUCCUGAUAUCUUCAAAUCUUCUGUCAACAUUGGAUCUACAAUGCACUCGUAUAGAGAUGCUCCCUGUUGAGGUAUUUAACUUGUUUAAUCUGCGGUAUUUGGGCCUCAGAAAUACUGAUAUCAAAAGUCUGCCUGAAGAAAUAAGAAGACUGCAGAACUUAGAAGUCUUGGAUGCUUACAACACCAAGUUGUCGUACUUACCAAACAACAUGGUGAAACUUCAGAAGCUGAGAUACCUGUUUGCAUGUACUGAUGGUGGAGGAUCCGAAAUUAAACCUUUUGGUGGAGUCAAGAUGCCAAGUGGCAUACAUCGCUUGACGUCACUGCAUGCUCUGCAAUGUGUGAAAGCUAACACUGAGAUUCUGCGUGAAGUUGGAGCUUUAACAGAGCUAAGAACAUUUGGUGUAUCUGAUGUGAAAAGUGAGCACUCUGCUGACUUGAGCAAUGCUAUCACCAAAAUGAAACAUCUUAUUCAUCUAGAAAUUACAUCUAUAGGUGAGGAGGAAGUGCUGCAUCUUGAGGGACUUUGUUUACCUCCAACCCUUUCUAAACUUGGUUUAGAAGGGCAGCUAGAAAAAGCAUCAAUGCCUCAGGUUGUGUCAUCUCUGUCCCGGCUUUAUUACCUCACUUGGUUGCAGUUAUCAUUCUCCAAAAUGGAUGAGGGAUCCUUUUCCAGGUUGUUGGGGUUACGUGGUUUAUGCUUCCUUCAGCUUCUCAAUACUUUCGAAGGGGAAAACAUGCAUUUCUCUUCAGGAUCAUUUCCAAAACUCCGGUUUCUAUCUGUUUGGACCGCACCAGAGCUAAAUCAAGUUGAAAUAGAAGAAGGUGCAUUGGAAAGCCUCGUUGAGCUAGUGUUUGUAGACUGUCCUGAACUAAUGUUUCUUCCUCACGGUAUUGAGCACCUCAGAGCCCUUGAAAAACUACAUCUUAUAGAAACUUCAGAAGAGCUCAUAGAGAAGCUUCUACAAGAGCCUGAACCAAAUGAGUUCAAUGAGGAUCUUAUGAAGAUUAGACACAUAAAGGAAAUCAUUGUUCAACUUUCCAGGGAAGGCAUACGGGAAAGGAUUAGGUCAUCACAAGACAUCUCUGCUCCAAGGUAA